CAUCCGUGAGUCAUUUUCUGCCCAUCUCCCGAGCGCGCGGUCUCAGUGGUAGUCACCACAUUAAGAGGUUUGCAGGGUUGCAAAAUGGCAGAAGCGGAUCUUAACAUGGUCUCGGAACCUGCCGCCCAAGGGGUUGCUGAAGAGAAGAUGGCUAGCUCGUCUAGUGAUUCUGGGGAAGACUCUGACAGCAGUAGCUCUAGCAGCAGCACUAGUUGCAGCAGCAGCAGCAGUAGCCGCAGCCGCUUAUAUAGAAAGAAGAGGGUAUCUGGGCCUUCGCGAAGAGCACGGCGGGCUCCGUUGGGUAAAAGUUUCGUGGAUCGGCUGCCUCAAGCAGUUAGAAAUCGUGUGCAGGCGCUUAGAAAUAUUCAAGAUGAAUGUGACAAGGUAGACAUCCUGUUUUUAAAGGCAAUUCACGAUCUCGAAAGAAAAUAUGCCGAACUCAAUAAGCCUCUGUACGAUCGGCGAUUUCAAAUAAUCAAUGCAGAAUAUGAACCUGCAGAAGAAGAAUAUGAAUGGAAUUCAGAGGAUGAGGUGUUCAGUAGUGAUGAGGAGGUGCAGGAAGACAGUCCUAGUGAAAUGCCUGCCUUAGAGGGUGAGGGAGAAGACGAUGACCCUAAAGAAAAACCUGAGGUAAAGGCUGAAGAAAACGAGGUUCGAAAAGAAACUCCUGAGGCAAAGGCUGAAGAAAACGCAGAGUCUAAAGCUUUUCUGGGGGUAAAGCCUGAAAUGAAAGAAGAGCCUAAAGUAGUCCCCCAGGCAAAGGCAGAAGAUAAAGAACAGCCUAAAGCAGCAGAGGCUAAGGCAAAGGCUGCUGUAAUAGAGGCUCCUAAAAGAAUUCCUGAGGUCAGGCCUAAAGAAAGAGCGAAUCUUAAAAGAGCUCGGAAGGGAAAGCCUAAAAAAGAAGAUCCUAAAGGCAUUCCUGACUACUGGCUGACUGUUUUAAAGAAUGUUGACAAGCUCGGGCCCAUGAUUCAGAAGUAUGAUGCCCCCAUUUUGAAGUUCUUGUCAGAUAUUAGCCUAAAGUUCUCAAAACCUGGUCAGCCUAUAAGCUACACGUUUGAAUUUUAUUUUCUACCCAAUCCAUACUUCAGAAAUGAGAUGCUGACCAAGACAUAUAUAAUAAAGUCAAAACCAGAUCACAAUGAUCCCUUCUUCUCUUGGGGAUGGGAAAUCCAAGAUUGCAAAGGCUGUAAGAUAGAUUGGAGAAGAGGAAAGGAUGUUACUCUGACAACCACCCAGAGUCGCACAACUGCUACUGGAGAAAUUGAAAUUCAGCCAAGAGUGGUUCCUAAUGCAUCAUUCUUCAAUUUCUUUAGCCCUCCUGAGAUUCCUAAUAUUGGAAAGCUGGAACCACGAGAAGAUGCUAUCCUGGAUGAGGACUUUGAAAUUGGUCAAAUUUUACAUGAUAAUGUCAUCCUGAAAUCAAUCUAUUACUAUACAGGAGAAGUCAAAGGUACCUAUGAUGAUGGUAAAGAUUAUGGAAACAGGAAAUAUCGAAAAUAAAAAAGAGGCUGCCUGAAGGAAUUUUCAAGCAUCUCAAAACUUCAAGCAGGAGUGAAGCAGGUUUAUAUAGCCUCAGAUGGGAUGGGGGGGAGCUGCUCUAUAACCUCAACACUAGCAUUCCUUAGUCUUGUGUUUUCAUAUUUUCUUGGUAGUCUAAAAAAUUGUCUUACAGUGUCUAAGUAGCCUGUUGUAGUGUAAUAUUCUUCAAAAUAUGUAAAUGUUGUCAGUUAUCUAAAGCAUGCCCGUUUGGUGCUACAGAGUUUUGAUUUUUGUGAAGUCCUUUGUCAUGUUCCUAUUAAAAUGUAGCUGUGAAAACUGGCAUAAUUGUCAAUUGAGACAAAUGUUUGCUUGAAAAAAAGAGUUCCUGAAAUGCCAAUGCAAGUGGUUUUUCUUUUCCAGCCCAGAAAACUAAACGUUUAAAUCUGCUUGCACUAACUGUGCCUUCAUUACUUUGCUAUAGAAAUACAGUACUUACAUUAACUAGAACAGCUAAACAGUGAAAUUUGAUUGCUUGAAAAAAGAUUAGCAUAAAUUUAAGAAUGUCCAUCAAGACCAUAUA